AUGAGCGGCGCCGUUCGACGUUUCGAUGGCCGUUCUCAGUCCCGAAAAGCUCAGUCCUCACCCUACGCAAGGCCUCAGAGCUCGGGCUGGAGCUUAAGGAAACUCCUUGAACCCCUCAAACGUCGUGUUUUUGGCCAAUCCGUGCAGAACGAAGAGGAGGGCAGAGGUAUCCAGAUUCCUCGAUCUCCUUCUCCUAUCGAUCCUAUUCUGCCGGACGAGCCUUCGUAUGUGAACGUGUUGGACACCGAGUCGCAUGUUCCCGGUCCUCCAAGAUCCCCGUCCAAGACGGUAUCGCCGAAACGACCGCCUCCCACUGAGGGCCCGUCCACUCGCGCGACAUUGGAGAAUGUAAUCGAGUUCCUCACAGAUGCAACUGGAACGAGUCUAAAACGCGAGGAAGCCCAAACUAUUGUGGGACUGAUUCGCAAGGGUAUCUCGCAUGAACACACCGUUUGCAACUCGUUGCUCCAGAGCGUCGGUCGACCCCUUGGCGCGAUUGAAAUCGAGGGAAUGAUCUCGCUUAUACGCAAACAAAUGCCCUACGAGCGGUCCCGUUCCGAACCGUUCAGAUUCGAAAGUGCUACACCUAGUCGAGGCAACUCCCCGCUUUCGCCAACGCCUUCAGGUCCGGGUUCUCCCAAGGCGACCCCCAGGAAAAUGCUGUCCAGGAACCCCAAUGGUACCUACCGCUGGCAGGGUGCAGGUAGUGCGAAGCAGACACCCCGCCGAAAUCGCUACUCUUCGCCCGCCUUUGGCACGCCAAAACUUGCGCCAGAGAAGGCCAAAACGACCGAUUCGCCCGUAGCAGACGGCAAGAGGCGAAGGUUGGAUGAGGAACAGCCGUCAAUGUUGACGUCGACGCCAACGACAUCGUCCUCCGCUUCUACCCAGAGGCUGCCGUUCCCCGUUUCUUCACCAACGCAAGGUUCUCGUACAACUGCCAAUGGUACUUCUGCUGCCCCCACUCCUCCCAAGCUUUCAAUUCCUGCCGCACCUUCCACACCUUCCCGACUCCGCACACCAGCUCUGCUGAAGCCCACAACGCCGUCUCAGCCUUCUCCUUUGCGCCACGCCUGGACAGGAAGUCCCGACACCUCUCAGGAGGAUAUCUCGCAAUCUGACCUGCCUCAACCCGAAAGUUCCUCACCAAAGCCCACCAAAGCGGCCGACCUUAUGUCGGAAUUAAUCAAAGAAGCAACUCCUCCCAAGAAACCUGAUCUCAGCAACCCGUAUCAAACUGCCAGCCCUUUAGCCAAGGUUGGACCACCGCGCCGUUCAACUCGCAGGACAAGGGCCAGCGCUCGGGCCACCAUUCCUGAGAACAAUGAAACACCAAAGGUUGAUGAGGGAAAGGAAAAGGGUAAGCAGAAAGAAACGGUGGAGAAGACCAAAGAAUAUCCUCCUGAAGCUAUCUUCGAAGCCACUUUGCCCAAGGGAAGCAAGCGUUCGCGACCACCUGCUCAACUCGACAAGUCUACACCUUCGGAUUCCCGCCGUUCGCCAUCCCCUCGUCAAGAAAAGUACGUCGUUGAAGAAGUUGACGAAGACGACAGAGAUAGGUCGCACAAGAAGCAGAAAGGUGUCAACGGUUUCGCAUCGAAGGCACAGAACGGAUCCCAGGAUGUUGAAAUCGAAGAAGUCGAAAAACCUCCUGCGUCUGGGCAGCCUUCCUCCGCCGUUGGCUCUGCAGGAUCCAGUACCUCCCCGCCAUCCCUUGGGCCAAGACCUGUAUUUGGAGGCCUCAAGCCUGCUACAGCUCCAUCGCGACCUAGCAAGCUGAGGCAAAGCUUCCUUCCCGAAGGUUCAGCGCCCUCCACCCCAGAAACUCAGUCGAAGUCUAUGGAUAUUGACGCACCUUCACCUUCGACAAGGGAAUCCCCGGCCUCUUCCUUGCCCACGCCCGAACCCUCAUUCUCCGAGGCUUCGACCUCCAAACGCACCCCACCAGUCGAGAAGCCAUCUGCACCCGCGGCAGCGCCUGCACCCGUUGAUCCCAAGCAGCAAGUGCUUGUCAUGAGCGUGUCGGUAUUGCCCACCUUCAGUUUUACCGCACCGAAGGCCAAGGCUGUCCCGCCCGAGCAUGUAGCCGCUCGAGAGGAAGCAUUGUCCAAGCCUGUCUCUUCACUGCCCACAUUUGACUUCAGCCGUGAAGCACUCAAAGCAGGCCCUUCCAAGUCCGCUCCUGCUCCUGCUGCUUCAACCGGCUUCAACUGGGCAGCUGCAGGACUUAAGCCACCCACCGCCUCAGGUUCUGAAUGGAAAUGCUCGGAUUGCAUGUGCAACAACCCCGAUAGUGCGAAGGAGAAGUGUACAGUUUGCGAGGCUCCCAGGCCGGGUGCGAAGAAGGAAAGUGCAGCGCCUGCUGCAGGCUUCAACUGGACAGCCGCUGGACUCAAGCCUCCGACAACUUCAGGUUCCAACUGGAAGUGCUCAGAUUGCAUGUGCGAUAAUCCUGACAGCGCAAAGGAGAAAUGCACGGUUUGUGAAGCACCAAGACCGGGUGCGAAGAAGGAGAGUGCGGCUCCUGUUGCAGGGUUUAACUGGGGUGCGGCUGGCUUGAAACCUCCCACUACCUCGGGUUCCACGUGGACAUGCUCUGUCUGUGCGUUGUCAAACCCCACUUCGGCGCCCAAGUGUACUGUUUGUGAUGCACCACGGUAG